UGAAACUACUAGGACUGUUACUGAAAAUUUCAAGGGAGGACAUUAUCACUUUGGCCCUGUUCCACAUGUGUCUGGUUUAAUAGAGAAAGUUCAGCAGCUGUUGUUGGGGAAUAACAGAGAUCUUUACACAUCCCACACAUACUUCAGUGAGCAGGUUGAAGCACACAAAAGAUACAAAAAUCAAAUUUCAGAGAUGAAGGCAAGCAUUUGUACAUUAGAGAGAAAAAUCCAAAGGUAUUCAGGAGGGGCAAGACAAGGUGCUCUCAGGAUUGUGCUGCUGGGAAAGACUGGAACAGGGAAGAGCGCUACAGGAAACACCAUCUUAAGAAGGGAAGAUGUAUUCAGACAUGAUCUCUCCCAUACAUCAGUUACCACAGUGUGUCAGAAAGAAACAGCUGAAGUCAAUGGAAGGCAGAUCACUGUGAUUGACACACCAGGACUGUUUGAUACUCGGAUUGGUAAUGUAGAGAUCCAGAACGAAAUCACUAAAUGCAUCUCCAUGGCUGCUCCAGGUCCACAUGUGUUCCUGCUGGUGCUGAAAGUGGGACAAAAAUUUUCAGAGGAGGAAAAACAAGCUGUGAAAAUAAUCCAGAACAUUUUUGGAAAAGAAUCAGAGACCUACAUGAUCGUGCUGUUUACUGGAAGAGAUUUUCUUUUUAAAAAAUCCAUUGAAGAGUAUCUUGGAGAACCCGGAUCUGAUAUUAGGAGCCUCACUGAACAGUGUGGUAACAGAUACCAUGUCUUCAACAACAUGGAGACCAGAGACCAAACCCAGGUCACUGAUCUACUGGAGAAGAUUGACACCAUGGUGGCAGAGAAUGGAGGGAGCUACUACACUAAUGAGAUAUUCAGGCAGGUAGAGAAAAAAGAACAAGAAGAACGGGAGAGAAUCCUGAAGGAGAGAGUGGAUGAAAUAGAGAGAGAGAAAGAAGAACUGAAAGAUAAGUAUGAAACAGAGAUAGAGCAAAUGAGGAAAACAUUUAAGGCGGAAAUACAAAGUGAGAGAAAGAGAAGAGAGGAAGAGUUUAAUGAAAGAGAACUCAGACUUAGAAGAGAAAUGAAAGAAAAGGUGGAAGAAUACCGACUUGCUGAUGUUCAAAGAGCUGGGGAAUAUGAAAAAAGAAAAAAAGAUGAUGAGAAAAGGAUUGCAGCCAUAGAAAGUGCAAUAUUCUCGCAAAUGGAGAGACAGAGAGCAGAAUUUGAGAGGCAAAGACAUGAGGAUCAAAAAUUGAGAGAUCAGGAGGAUGAGAGAAAAGAAAAGAAAGAACAAGAGAGACAAGAGUGGAUUGAGAGACACCGAAAAGAAAAAGAAGAAUAUGAGAGUGUGAUAAAAGAGCUGAAGAGAAAAGUGCAGAAUGAUGAAAAUGCAGCUCCAGAGAUGGGACUUCCUCAGCAAGUGUUGGGGUGCCCCCUUCACAGAAGAAUUGUUCUGCUGGGGAGGAGUGGUGUAGGGAAGAGUGCUACAGGAAACACCAUCCUGGGAGAGAACAGAUUCAGAUCUGAGUACAGUUAUGACUCUGUAACAGUACAGUGUGAGAUUCAGCAUGCAGUAGUGGAAGGGAGGAAUGUUUCUGUAUUGGACACUCCAGGUAUAAAUAACACACACCUUACUGAGCUGCAACUGGUUGAAGAGUUACGGAGGGGUGCUAAUCUCUCCAGCCCAGGACCUCAUGCUUUCCUUUAUAUAUUUCAACAUUCAAAGUCCUUAGUAAAGAAUAAACAGAUUGCUGAAGAAUUUGAAAUGAUGUUUGGAGAAGAGGUGAAAAAAUACACAAUUAUUCUCUUCGUCCAAGAAGAUGAGUUAGAAAGAGGGAAUGCAUUUAAACUUUGCAGUCCUCUUAUCAGGCUGUUCGAGCAGUGUGGAAGGAGGUACCACAUUAUUAAUAAUGGCAACCAAAGUAACAGAAAACAAGUCUCUGAACUGCUGGAGAAGAUAGACAAAUUGGUGGAGCAAAACGGUGGAAGCUACUUCUCUAAGGAGAUGUUUGAGGCUGCAAUUCACUUAAAAUCUGGAAAAGUCAAUAACUGUGAAAUAAUAUAA